CCUCGUUUCCUUGCGCACAUCCGCCGUGACGCACAACAUAAUUGGGCUUGUUUUAAAAAACGCUCAGCACUUCUUCAUGUCAGACUGAUGACACCAGACACACAAUGGCACUCUUACUCUUACACUUAACGGUAUAUUUACUAUUGUCAUGCCUCAAUAGUUUGACAGAGGCGAUUUCAACGCAACCGAGGAUGACAAUCACAGAGAAAGAGACUUCAAUAAAAAGGAUACCUUUACCUGGACACCAUGCACCUGUCGGGAUUGUUCUGGAAAGAGACCGUGUCAUAGCUGCUGGACAAACGCACCUGAAUGCAUUCCACUUUCAAAAUCCUCAGAAGACUCCAGAAAUAAGCGUGUUGUGGACAGAAUGCAUCGACAAAGGGCCUCUCCAAAGAGUGAAAGCGAAUUGCAACUAUAACAUCACUGUGGUCCACAAGAAGUUAGAGGACAACCAGGUCUUUCUGUGUGGAACCAACGGCGAGGAAACAGUCUGCUGUGACAUGGAUUUAGCAGAGCAGUCACCCAGGUGCAUUCCCUCUGAAAAAACGGACAACAUAAAAAAAAACAUAAAGAGAUUUGUCAUAAAGGAAGGCGAACCGUCUGCCCUUGUGGAAUCAAGCGAUAGUAAUCUCUUCAUUACAUACUCCGGAUCUCAACAGUCUGUUGGCAUCUACAAGUUUGGGAAAAACCGAAUUACACCGGCAGGACAAGAUAAAGAGCAGCAAUAUGUGGGUUUGGUGCCCAUAAGACGGGGAGACGACUCCAUGCAGAGCAAAGUGUAUGCCUUCUAUAAGGAGAAAAACAAAGACACAGGCUUUUACAGUGAAAUGUGGCUCCCUUAUGUGACCCGGGUUUGCAUGGAAGAUCGUGGGGGUAUCAAGAACCAUUUGCAGUUCAGCUGGACGUCCCAGAUGAAUGCCAGGCUCUUCUGCGGAGACCCUGGCAGCAGACAACACUUAUCUGAGCUGGUGGAUGUGGCUACUGUACAUGCAGACCAGUGGCAAAAUACCAGGAUUUAUGCACUCUUCAGAAAUGAAUGGGGUAUGAGUGCUGUGUGUGUCUACUCGAUACAAGAUAUUGAAAACAUCUUCACAACCUCCACAUUUAAAGGCAAAGUCAAUCACCCCGGCAGGUCUAGACAGUGUGUUGCAGACAGCACAAAGAUUCCUUCAGAGGCUCUGAAGAUGAUCAUGGAGAAUUCUGAGAUGGAGGAAUGGGUCCAGCCCAUUAACAACUCUGGCCCACUUCUCUUUAAUCACCACAGUUACACUCACAUCUACGUUGACAGUUCCCAGAACAAUGACCCCACCGUCCUGUUCCUGUCUCUAAAUAAUGGAGGGAUUCACAAGGUGAUGCAGAGUAAAACUCAGACCUUUGUCAUCGCUGAGUACCGACCUUUCAACCACAGAGCCCACGUCCUCCGCAUGGUCAUGAAUGCUUCCUCUAGGAAGCUGUAUGUGAACUCGAGAAGUGAACUGGUCCAACUGGAUGUGGCAAACUGUGCCCAGUAUGGAAACAACUGUGGGGAUUGUGUCUUGGCCAGAGAUCCUUACUGCGGCUGGAACGGCACCCACUGCACCCCUGAUGGCAAACUGCAGGAUGUGACCCAAGGGGACCAUUCCAUUUGUGUGUCUACGUCAAAGCUCCAGCAACCUGGAAAAGUGUUUAGAUAUUCCACUGACAUACAUGAAGACGAGGCCAAGGUCAGCAUCACACUUCCCCCUGAGUCCAAGUAUUUCCUCCAGUGCCCGGUGUCGUCCCAUCAUGCCCAGUAUACCUGGCGUCAUCCUGAAAGCAACACAUCCUGCAGUUCGACGGAGCAGCAGUGCCUUCUUCUGAUCGAUAGCAUGGGUCCCGAGCAGGUGGGAACUUAUACAUGUGUUUCGGAGGAGAUGGGCUACAGCAGAGUCCUGGCCCAGUACCAACUACGACUGGGCAGCAGGGCGGCGGGCCGGUCAUCAAGCCCACUGGUAUGGCUCUGUCUAAUGGCUGUUCUGAUCAAGAGUGUGGCCUAUUAGUCCCGAGGAAAUAACAUGAUACAAAAACAAUUGUGAUAAACGACACUUCCUACUUCCAAGUGCCUGUAUUCAUACAAUAGCAAGAGCUGCAACAUUAUAACUAAAAUGAAAAUCUUUUUUACGUCCAAAUUGUAAUUAUUUAUUUUUAUUUAACUAAAAAAUGAC